GAGGCGGGCCUCGGGAACCGUCUCGGGGUCGGGGGGUGGGGGGGAAAGAUGGCGGAGCUGAUGCUCCUCAGUGAGAUCGCGGAUCCGACGCGUUUCUUCACCGACAACCUACUGAGCCCGGAGGACUGGGGUGUGCGGAACAGCACCUUGUAUGCUGGCCUGGAUGAAGUGGCCGAGGAGCCUCCGCAGCUCUUCCGCUGCUUGGAACAAGAUGUCCCGUUUGACAGCAGCUCCGUGGAUGUGGGAAUGGAUGCCAGCCCCCCCGAGCCCCCUUGGGACUCUCUGCCUAUCUUCCCAGAUCUUCAGGUGAAGUCUGAGCCAUCCUCCCCCAGCUCUUCUUCCUCCCUCAUCUCUGAAUCUUCACAUCUCUCCGCAGAGCCCUCCAGCCAGGCCCCUGGAGAAGGGGAGGUGCUGCACGUGAAGUCAGAGUCCUUGGCACCCCCGCUUUGCCUCCUGGGAGAUGACCCAACAUCCCCAUUUGAAAUCGUCCAGAUCACUGUGGGGCCCUCUGCUGGUGAUCCCUCAGAUGUCCAGGCCAAGGUGGAGCCUGCCUCUCCAUCCUCCUCCGUCAACUCGGAGGCAUCCCUGCUCUCAGCGGCCUCCCCCAGCCAGGCGUGUGCAGGUGAGGAGGUGCUGGAAGUGAAGGCAGAGUCUCCAUCCCCUGCAGGGUGCCUACUCUGGGAUCCCUCGGCCCCCACACUCGGAGCAGUCCAGAUCAGCAUGGGUCCGUGCCCUGAAAGUUGCUCAGCCAAAGCCCCGCCUGCCCGGAAGCCACCACUGCAGCCCAAACCCAUGGUGCUCACCACCGUCCAGAUGCCACCCAGAGCCGUGCCUCCCAGCACUGCAGUUCUGCUGCAGCCGCUUGUCCAGCCGCCUGCAGUGUCCCCAGUCGUCCUCAUCCAAGGUGCUAUCCGAGUCCAGCCCGAAGGGCCAGCCCCCGCUGGGCCACGGCCUGAGAGGAAGAGCAUCGUCCCGGCCCCUAUGCCUGGGAAUCCCUGCCCGCCUGAGGUGGACGCAAAGCUGCUGAAGCGGCAGCAGCGCAUGAUCAAGAACCGGGAGUCGGCCUGCCAGUCCCGGAGGAAGAAGAAGGAGUACCUGCAGGGGCUGGAGGCGCGGCUACAGGCCGUGCUGGCAGACAACCAGCAGCUGCGCCGGGAGAAUGCUGCCCUCCGGCGGCGCCUGGAGGCCCUGCUGGCCGAGAACAGCGAGCUCAAGUUGGGGUCUGGAAACCGGAAAGUGGUCUGCAUCAUGGUCUUCCUUCUCUUCAUUGCCUUCAGCUUUGGCCCUGUCAGCAUCGGUGAGCCUCCUCUGGCUCCCGGCUCCCGGGUGGGCGGGCAGGAGCCCCGGCCCCGGCCCCAGAGGCACUUGCUGGAGUUCUCAGAGCUGCAGCCGGCUCAGGGCACAGAGCCCCUCCGGGGGUCCCCCCAGGGCCCCAAGGGGCGGCAGCCCAGCCCUGCAGCCCAGCCCAGCUUCAGGAACCUGACAGCCUUCCCCGGGGCUGCCCGGGAGCUGCUGCUGAGGGACCUGGACCAUGUCUUCCUGUCCUCCGACUGCCGGCACUUCAACCGAACCGAGUCCCUGAGGCUUGCCGAUGAGCUGAGCGGUUGGGUGCAGCGCCACCAGAGAGGCAGGCGGAAGAGUCCCCUGAGGGCCCCGGAGAGACAGGAGAGACAGAGGUCUCAGCCACGCAAGAAGCCGCUUCCAGUGAAGGCCGUCCCCGCCCAGCCCCCCGGGCCCCCGGAAAGGGACCCCGUGGGCCAGCUGCAGCUCUAUCGCCAUCCAGACCGCUCGCAGCCAGAGUUCCUGGAUGCGAUUGACCGUCGGGAGGACACGUUUUAUGUUGUCUCCUUCCGAAGGGACCACUUGCUGCUUCCGGCCAUCAGCCACAACAAGACCUCCCGCCCCAAGAUGUCCCUGGUGAUGCCCGCCAUGGCCCCCAAUGAGACCCUGUCAGGCCGGGGGGCCCCGGGGGACUAUGAGGAGAUGAUGCAGAUCGAGUGCGAGGUCAUGGACACCAGGGUGAUUCACAUCAAGACCUCCACCGUGCCCCCCUCACUCCGAAAGCAGCCAUCCCCAGCCCCGGGCAAUGCCACGGGCGGCCCCCUGCCAGCUUCUGCGGCCAGCCAGGCCCACCGCAGCUCCCGGGAGCCCCUCUACCUCAGCCACCCCUGACUCGGACUGGGGCGGGGUGCACAGUGACCACGGGGGUCUGCCUCCUCGGAUCCCCCUCAUCCUGCGCUCGGGCAGUCUGCCCAGGAGGGACAGGGUUGGGGUUAAGCACUUAGUUGGGAAUAGGGCGGCUCCCCUCUGCCCACCCCUUUCUGAAAUACAGGGCUCCUCACUCCUGUGAACCCCCAGUCCCUGCUUCAUCUGAGGUUGCUGAGUAAGGUUCAGUUUUGGGGGGGCGCUCACAUACUCUGUGUUCUUUGUUCCUGUUUGGGGUGUGAAGCCGGGUCCAGGUGGGACAAGGGAAGUUUUUACAUUUGGAGUUAAUAGGAAUAAAGGAGGGGUAGUGGAAGGAGAUAAGGUUUA